AAGGAUAAAACAUAACAGAACGCGUUCAGUGCGGCUCGGCUUGAGUGUUUUUGGGUUUCCGCUAGGUUCCGGAGCGUAGAGUGUGAGUCGCUGCAUUGAAUUGAUGAAUCUAGCCUGCUGAUAAACCACGCUCAACCAUGAGUAACUCACGUUGCAACGAGGCAGAGGCAUCGUCGACGACGUCGGCCACGACAUCGGCCACGAUGUCGCCCACGACGUCGAUCCCAAGCAAGCCAGUUGAGGCCGAAGCUAGUUCGCCAGUUGCACACUUUAGUACUCCACCCGUACCGGCCGUCAGCACUGCAGCUCCGUGCAAGAUUAAUGGUUUAAAGGGGUAUCAGAAUCGCACGAACAAUAUCAUCUACUGUCCGCCGCUGACACGGCCAGUCUCGCCCAAGGAAAAAUGCUCCGCAGUCAUCUACUUCGGGGGCGACGUACAGGACGUCCCGGAGAAGAUGGAAUCGAAUCGGGACAACAAGAACUACAUUAUGUGGAACUUGGAGAAUACUGCCACGCUGCUGCGCGAAGGUUUCCCCCGGUCGCAUAUCAUUGUCGUGCGCCCCACGCGCAUGGAGUACAGCACAUUCAGCUGCUUCGACAAUUUCGUACGUGGCAACAACGCCGGCAUCCCGGACCACACACCGAUGCACUACUCCCUGCAGCACCUGGAAGAGCUUCUCAUCAGCCUGACAAAGAAGCUGACCAAACCGGUGCUUGAGCAGGAGAUGCUUCACAAGCUGCUUCAAGCAUCAGAAAGAGACCUUCCAUACAAUCCGGAGCCAGGGAAAUUGAAGCGCUGUAAUGCAGCGACGUCGGAGGAGGAUUUUCUUCCAAGGGCCGAUUUCUACGGCGACCCAAAGGAGCUGUUGUGGUGGCGAGAAAAUUUGAAUCUAGAUACGGCCACUCUCAAACUGGUCGGUUUCAGCAAAGGUUGCGUAGUGCUGAAUCAGUUCAUCUACGAGUUUCACUACUACAAAACGCUCACUCCGGACGACAGCACCAUGAUGCGCCUAGUGUCGCGCAUCUCCGACAUGUACUGGCUGGAUGGUGGCCAUAGCGGUGGCAAAAACACCUGGAUAACCUCCCGCAGCCUGCUCGAAACGCUCUCCCGGCUGUCCAUCAAUAUCCAUGCGCACGUCACUCCAUAUCAAAUACAGGACGAACACCGACCGUGGAUCCGGAAGGAAGAGAAAGCUUUCUGCGACAUGCUGACGCGGCUGGGGGCUGCUUAUCAUCGGAGCGCGUACAUGAGCGAGGCCAACUCCACGAAUCUGUACACGCACUUUGACGUGCUGACCAGAUUUCGAAUGCAUCAGAUCAGCGUUUUCAGCCUCCAAAUGAACCAGUUGUUGUCCGGCAACCAGCAAUCGUUAGCCCCCGGCACCCACGGGCCCACCGACGAGAACAUCGCAUUGGAGUAUGUUGGAUCCUCAAUAGGUAAGGAAUCGAUGAUGUCGGACCCGGAUGGCAACGACCCAGCGCCGUUGCCGGACUCUUCCUCGAACAUUGACGAGUCAGGCGACGACCAGGAGGAUAACUGACAAUCGGAACUUGAUUGCAUCAAUUUAAUUUCUGUAUUUGUGUAAAGACCAGCAAUAACUACCCGACUUCCCCUUCCCACCAUUUUCUCAACUAUAACGUACAUCAUUCAAGCAAAUCACGAUAGACAGGUCUGAUUUUAUACCCAAUGGCCUUGAAUUUCCCUCUAACAACAGCAGUCUUACGUAGAUUUGUAAAAUUGAAUAUUUUGGCAUUGAUUAUUAUCAUACGCUUACCCUCUAACUACUAAC